AUGGGUCUGCGGGCUCUGGGCCGAGCUCCCGCUAGAGUCUUCAGCCAAUGUCACCCGGCACUGGCAGCUCAGAAUUUUUCAGACUAUGAAUCCAUACGAGAGCAAUACAAGCCGGAAGUGCCAGAAUACUUCAACUUUGCGAAAGAUGUGCUGGACAAGUGGGCCGAGAUGGAAAAGGAGGGAAGAGGGCCCUCCAGUCCAGCUCUCUGGUGGGUCGGUGACCGAGGAGAGGAAGUGAGGUGGAGUUUUGAGGAGCUGGUGGCUGGAUCCAAGAAAGCGGCCAAUGUGCUUUCUGAGCAAUGUGGCCUGCGGAAGGGAGACCGCGUUAUAGUGAUCCUGCCGCGGAUACCCGCGUGGUGGCUCUUGAAUGUGGCUUGUAUGCGAACAGGAACCGUUCUUAUUCCCGGGACGACGCAGCUGACUGCAAAAGACAUUCUGCACCGACUGCAGGCAUCCCGAGCCAAGUGCAUUAUCACUGAUGGAGUUUUGGCCCCAGCUGUAGACAGUGUAGCUUCCAAAUGCCCGUCUCUAGCAUCCAAGCUAAUAGUGUCAAGGGACCACCGGGAUGGCUGGCUCAGUUUCUGUGACUUGUUGAACCUUGCACCUGCCGACCACAAGUGUGUGGCCACCAAGAGCUGUGAGCCAAUGGCGAUCUACUUCACCAGCGGCACAACAGGUGCUCCCAAAAUGGCUGAGCAUUCCCACAGCAGCCAGGGAAUUGGACUUGCUCUCAACGGCAGGUACUGGCUUGAUCUAACCCCCAAGGACCUGAUUUGGAACUCUUCUGACACCGGCUGGGCAAAAUCCGCAUGGAGCAGUGUUUUUGCACCAUGGAGCCAGGGGGCUGGCGUCUUCGUCCACAGCAUGCCACGUUUCGAGCCCAAGCCUGUCCUUGAAACCUUGUCCAGGUUUCCCAUAACGACUUUCUGUUCCGCACCUACUGCUUACCGGAUGCUUAUCCAGCCUGCACUGCAGCGUUACACCUUCCACAGUCUGAAGCACUGCGUGAGCGCCGGAGAGCCCAUGAACCCUGAAGUAAUGGAGGACUGGAAAAGAGAAACCGGCUUAGAUAUCUACGAAGGCUACGGGCAGACAGAAACGGUGUUGGUCUGUGGAACUUUCAAGGGGAUGAAAAUUAAGCCCGGCUCUAUGGGGAAGCCCUCUCCUGCAGAGGAUCCCGAGAAGACAGCCUCAACCAUACGUGGAAGCUACUACGUCACUGGAGACAGGGGGAUCAGAGACGAAGAAGGCUACUUCUGGUUCGUGGGAAGAGCUGACGAUGUCAUCAACUCAGCUGGGUACCGCAUUGGGCCAUUUGAAGUGGAAAGUGCCUUGAUAGAGCAUCCGGCCGUCGUAGAAUCUGCUGUUGUCAGCAGCCCAGAUUCCCUCAGAGGAGAGGUUGUGAAGGCCUUUGUUGUUUUGGCCCCUGAUUACGUCUCGCACGAUCCCGAAGUGCUAGCCAAGGAGCUCCAGGAUCACGUCAAAAAGGCCACUGCCCCGUACAAGUAUCCGAGAAGGAUGGAGUUUGUGCCACAUUUACCAAAGACCAUCAGCGGGAAGAUCAGAAGAAACGAAUUGCGCAAGAAGGAGUGGGGGGAAGCGUAG